ACCACCACUUUUGUCAUGACAGACGUCAAUAGCUCCAACAUCGCUCCAGCUCCAUCAGGUGUAUCACCCAGUGACUACAUCAGCUCGUUGACAACAGAACAGAUUGAUCAUGACCAGAAAUUGGGUAUAAAAGCCAUCCGGCUCUUUUUACAGAGCAAAACAUCCUACGACGUCUUACCAGUAUCUUAUCGGUUGGUGGUAUUAGAAACAUCCCUUCUUGUGAAGAAAUCAUUAAACAUCUUGUUACAGAACAACAUUGUCUCGGCUCCUGUUUGGAACAACAAAACGUCUCGGUUUGCCGGGUUAUUAUCGUCAUCAGAUUUCAUCAAUGUAAUUCAGUACUACUUUCAAUUCCCAGAUAAAGUGGAUCUUGUGGACCAGUUGACAUUGAACGGAUUACGUGAUAUCGAACAGGCCUUGGGCGUGGACCAAAUCGAAACCAUAUCGAUCCAUCCAUUCAAGUCGUUGUAUGAAGCGUGUGUCAAGAUGUUGGAGUCUCGUUCUCGGAGAAUUCCUUUGAUAGAUGAGGACGAAAAGACCCAUAGAGAAAUCGUGGUGUCGGUGUUAACCCAGUACAGAAUCUUGAAGUUUGUGGCCUUGAAUUGUAAGGAAACCAAGAUGCUCUUGAAGCCCAUUAAAGAUAUCAAGUCGUUGAACUUGUCGAAGAAUCUUUCCACAAGCACCAUGGAUACCCCUGUGAUUGACGUGAUUCACAUGUUGUCGAAGAACUCGGUGUCGUCGAUCCCGGUGGUUGACGACACUGGGAAGUUGAUCAAUGUAUAUGAAGCAUACGACGUGUUGACAUUGGUUAAAGGUGGAAUCUACACCGAUUUGGACUUGACGGUUGGCGAUGCGUUAUUGAGAAGAGCAGAAGACUUUGAAGGGGUCCAUACGUGUACUGGCAAUGACCGGUUGAGCACCAUCAUGGACACGAUUCGGAAGUCCAGAUUACAUCGUUUAUUUGUGGUGGAUGACGAAAGUAGGUUACUUUCUGUCAUCACCUUGAGUGACAUUUUGAACUAUGUUUUGUUUGGUGAUGAUUAAACACCACCAGAUAGGCAAUAAUGAAUACCGGUCUAUGUAAUGAUUAUAAAUAUCCCUUUACACAUCUUAGUAAGCUAUAUUAUGUUUUGGUGUCAAUUAGCUCUGUGUCGGAAACUCUAUUCACCUCAUCCGAGAGGUUA